AGGGCGGAAGUGCAGUUGGCGCAUGCGCGGUUGGCCCUGAGGCGCUUGAUUGGCGGAGGAGGAAGGAGAAGGAGACAGAGACGCCGCAGUCACUGUCCUUCCUCCUCGGAAGAAAGAGAAGGAGCCGCCAAGGCCUCAGUCCUCCCUCCCAGGUACUUGAAUAGUUAAGAUGGAUUUCUCCAAGCUUCCUAAAAUCCGGGAUGAAGAAAGAGAGAGUGUAUUUGGCUAUGUCUAUGGAGUCUCAGGACCUGUUGUCACAGCCUGUAACAUGGCAGGUGCAGCUAUGUAUGAGUUAGUACGGGUCGGCCACUGUGAACUUGUUGGAGAGAUUAUCCGAUUAGAAGGUGACAUGGCCACUAUCCAGGUGUAUGAAGAGACCUCUGGUGUUUCUGUAGGAGACCCUGUACUGCGUACAGGCAAACCGCUCUCUGUAGAGCUUGGUCCUGGCAUCAUGGGAGCCAUUUUUGAUGGAAUCCAAAGGCCUCUGUCACAUAUCAGUGCUCAGACUCAAAGUAUUUACAUCCCAAGAGGAGUAAAUGUGACAGCUCUCAGCAGAGAUCUCAAAUGGGAUUUUUCACCUGUCAAAAACCUGCGGGUUGGCAGUCACAUCACAGGUGGAGAUAUUUAUGGCCUCGUGAAUGAGAACUCUCUCAUCAGACACAAGAUCAUGUUACCCCCACGAAACAGGGGUACAGUAACAUACAUUGCUCCGCCUGGGAAUUAUGAUUCAUCUGAUGUUGUAUUGGAGUUGGAAUUUGAAGGCGUGAAGGAGAAAUUCACUAUGGUCCAGGUAUGGCCUGUACGCCAAGUCCGUCCUGUCACUGAAAAGCUGCCUGCUAAUCAUCCUCUUUUAACUGGCCAGAGAGUCCUUGAUGCACUCUUUCCGUGUGUUCAGGGAGGUACGACAGCAAUUCCUGGAGCCUUUGGCUGUGGAAAAACUGUGAUUUCUCAGUCCCUGUCCAAAUACUCAAACAGUGAUGUUAUUAUCUAUGUUGGCUGUGGAGAACGAGGAAAUGAAAUGUCUGAAGUGCUCAGAGACUUCCCAGAGCUCACCAUGGAAGUUGAUGGCAAGGUAGAAAGCAUUAUGAAGAGAACUUCCCUUGUAGCAAACACUUCCAACAUGCCUGUUGCUGCCAGAGAAGCUUCUAUCUACACUGGGAUUACUUUAUCUGAGUACUUCCGUGAUAUGGGCUACCAUGUCAGCAUGAUGGCUGAUUCCACAUCCCGAUGGGCUGAGGCCCUUCGAGAAAUUUCAGGACGCCUUGCUGAAAUGCCAGCUGAUAGUGGUUAUCCAGCCUAUCUCGGUGCCCGCUUGGCCUCUUUCUAUGAAAGGGCUGGCAGAGUGAAGUGUCUUGGAAACCCUGAGAGAGAAGGGAGUGUCAGCAUUGUUGGAGCUGUUUCUCCUCCUGGUGGUGACUUCUCUGAUCCAGUUACUUCUGCUACUCUGGGCAUUGUUCAGGUAUUCUGGGGCUUGGAUAAGAAGCUUGCUCAGCGAAAGCAUUUUCCAUCUGUGAAUUGGCUGAUCAGCUACAGCAAGUACACACGUGCUCUGGAUGAGUAUUAUGACAAGCAGUUUCCCGAAUUUGUCCCCUUGAGGACUAAAGCGAAGGAAAUCCUGCAGGAAGAGGAGGAUCUUGCAGAGAUUGUACAGCUGGUGGGAAAGGCUUCCUUGGCAGAAACAGAUAAAAUCACAUUAGAAGUGGCUAAGCUCAUUAAAGAUGACUUUCUACAGCAAAAUGGCUAUACACCAUAUGACAGGUUCUGCCCAUUUUAUAAGACAGUGGGGAUGCUGUCCAACAUGAUUGCAUUCUAUGAUAUGGCACGCCGAGCAGUUGAGACUACUGCCCAGAGUGACAAUAAGAUUACUUGGUCCAUUAUCAGGGAGAACAUGAGUGAGAUACUGUACCGGCUCACUUCUAUGAAAUUCAAGGACCCAGUGAAAGAUGGAGAGGCAAAGAUCAAAGCAGAUUAUGCCCAGCUUUUUGAAGACAUGCAGAAUGCAUUCCGCAGUCUGGAAGACUAGAGGGUAACUCUCCUGGAGCCCCACUUGAGUGUAUUCCUCCUUGUUUUCCAGACAAUAGAUGUACAUGUUGUUGUGGGGGAAAAGCAUCUUUAAUACAUUCCUGUUUACUUUAGUUUAGUAGCUCUCUGCGUGUUUGUGUGAAUCUGAGCUUAAAGGUAUAAAGCAUGUCGUUUAGUGGUUCUUGUAAGCUGGAAGUGUCCAGCGCCAGAUUUGACCUCUCAGCCACAGUUUCUCUCUUUUUGGAAGAGAACUAAGGAAGUAAAAGUAUAAAUUGGGAGAAAAAAUCAUGCUGAUGUAUUGAGAGGGCGUAAGAGUGGUUGAACCAGAUCUGUUCAUUUUAGGUCAUUCUAAUGCUUCAGAGAUGCGAUUUAUUUAUUAUAUUUUAAAGCUGCCCUUGCCACUAUGAAAAUACCAACUCUGCAGCUAAAAUUGCUUUCCUCAUUACUCCUUCAACACAUCCCCAUUUCACCAAGAGUGCUGAAAAUCUCCAGGAUGGACAAAGGAGUUCUUCGCUUAAAGUGCAACUAGUUCCCCUUAAUUAUGGGUUCUAUUUGUUAUGUAAAGCCAGGGAUGCUUACAACUGUUACAGGAAUAACUCUUCUCCCUCUUGAUGUGAUCUCCCACACAACACAUCUAUGUGUGCAGCUGCUUAAGUAUUAUGUUUUCUAAUGCACAAAGUACAUGACAAGCUGUGGACCAGUCAGCCAGACUAUUUUUUUCUUGCAGUGUUUACACUCUGUCACAAUACCUAAACUUACACAAAUUUGGGAGCUCUAAAUGCUUUAAGGUGGCAUUCAUUGGUUGCAAUAAAACAAAAAAUUAUGUGAAAUAGUUCAACAGCAGUCCUUAGGUUUGUUGGCUUGUCCAAGACUUUAAUUUUACAGAGCUGGUAACUCUGAAAAGGUCUUUCCUACUGCUUAUCUGUGUCUUGUAGAUGUAGCAGGACAUCUACAAGAGUGGUCCUGCUGUCACCUUCCAACCUGGGCAGACGUUUGCUUACUUCAGAUAAGUUAACUGCUGUUUCUGAUGUCCAUAUUUAUUCACUAUUUCAAUAAUGAGGAUCAGAAAUGUAUGAUUUAUUAGUACAAAUUAAUGCCUUUCUACUGCAAAACAGGAAUCUACCCUCCCCCC